UUCUCCUGCCCUACCAAGACAGUUCCAGCCCACAGAACUCCUACCUGCCGUCUCCUGAGGUGGUCCCCAUCCCUCCCUCCUUGCUCCUCGCCAUGCUCCAGCUGUGGAAGGUGGUACGCCCUGCUCGGCAGCUGGAACUGCACCGCCUCAUACUGCUGUUGAUUGGUUUCAGUCUUGUCUCCAUGGGAUUCUUGGCAUAUUACGUGUCCACCAGCCCCAAGGCCAAGGAACCGUUGCCUCUGCCCUUGGGAGACUGUAGUAGCAGUGGGGCAGCUGGUCCUGCAAGGCCACCAGUUCCACCUCGACCCCCAAGGCCUCCAGAAACAACUCGAACAGAACCUGUGGUCCUUGUGUUUGUGGAAAGUGCAUACUCACAAUUGGGGCAGGAGAUUGUAGCCAUCUUGGAAUCUAGUCGUUUUCGUUAUAGCACUGAGCUAGCACCUGGCCAAGGGGAUAUGCCCACACUGACUGAUCAUGCCCAUGGCCGCUAUGUUUUGGUCAUCUACGAGAACCUUCUGAAGUAUGUCAACUUGGAUGCCUGGAGUCGAGAGCUGCUGGAUCGGUACUGUGUGGAGUAUGGUGUAGGCAUCAUUGGCUUUUUCCGAGCCCAUGAGCAUAGCCUCCUGAGUGCCCAGCUCAAGGGCUUUCCCCUCUUCCUACACUCAAACCUGGGGCUGCGGGACUACCAAGUGAACCCUUCUGCCCCACUACUACAUCUCACCCGGCCUAGCCGCUUGGAGCCAGGCCCACUGCCUGGUGAUGACUGGACUAUCUUCCAGUCCAACCAUAGCACCUACGAACCAGUGCUGAUUGCCAGCCAUCGGCCGCCUGAGCUUGCUGUGCCGGGACCAGUUCUUCGGCGGGCCCGGCUCCCCACCGUGGUACAGGACUUGGGUCUUCAUGAUGGCAUACAGCGGGUGCUGUUUGGACACGGCCUUUCUUUCUGGCUCCAUAAACUUGUUUUUGUUGAUGCUGUCGCAUACCUCACUGGGAAACGCCUCUGCCUGGACCUUGACCGCUAUAUCUUAGUGGACAUUGAUGACAUUUUUGUGGGCAAAGAAGGUACUCGCAUGAAGGUGGCUGAUGUUGAGGCUCUGUUGACCACCCAGAACAAACUCAGGACCUUAGUCCCCAACUUCACCUUCAACCUGGGCUUCUCGGGCAAAUUCUAUCAUACUGGGACAGAAGAGGAGGACGCAGGGGACGACAUGCUGCUGAAGCACCGCAGAGAGUUCUGGUGGUUCCCUCACAUGUGGAGCCACAUGCAGCCACACCUGUUCCACAACCGCUCCGUGCUGGCCGACCAGAUGAGGCUCAACAAGCAGUUUGCUUUGGAGCAUGGGAUUCCUACGGAUCUGGGGUAUGCUGUGGCCCCCCACCACUCGGGCGUGUACCCCAUCCACACGCAACUCUAUGAGGCCUGGAAAUCUGUCUGGGGCAUCCAGGUGACCAGCACUGAGGAGUAUCCCCAUCUCCGCCCUGCUCGCUACCGCCGUGGCUUCAUCCACAGUGGCAUCAUGGUGCUCCCUCGGCAAACAUGUGGCCUCUUCACUCACACAAUCUUCUAUAAUGAGUAUCCUGGAGGUUCUCGUGAGCUAGAUCGGAGCAUCCGAGGUGGAGAACUCUUUCUGACUGUGCUGCUUAAUCCAAUCAGCGUCUUUAUGACUCAUCUGUCCAACUAUGGGAACGACCGGCUGGGCCUGUACACCUUUGAGAGCCUGGUGCGGUUCCUGCAGUGCUGGACACGACUGCGCCUGCAGACCCUCCCUCCUGUCCCUCUUGCACGGAAGUACUUCGAACUUUUUCCUCAGGAACGAAGCCCCCUUUGGCAGAAUCCCUGUGAUGACAAGAGGCACAAAGAUAUCUGGUCCAAGGAGAAAACCUGUGAUCGACUCCCCAAGUUCCUCAUUGUGGGACCACAGAAGACAGGCACCACAGCUGUUCACUUCUUCCUGAGCCUGCACCCAGCUGUGACAAGCAGCUUUCCUAGCCCCAGCACCUUUGAGGAAAUCCAGUUCUUCAGUGGCCCUAAUUACCACAAGGGUAUUGACUGGUACAUGGACUUCUUCCCUGUUCCUUCCAAUGCCAGCACUGACUUCCUGUUUGAAAAAAGUGCCACCUACUUUGACUCAGAGGUUGUACCACGGCGGGGGGCUGCCCUUCUGCCCAGAGCCAAGAUCAUCGCUGUGCUCACCAACCCUGCUGAUAGGGCCUACUCCUGGUACCAGCACCAGCGAGCACACGGAGACCCAGCUGCUCUGAACUACACCUUCUACCAGGUGAUUUCCGCUUCUUCUCAGGCCCCCCUGGCCCUCCGCUCCCUGCAGAACCGUUGUCUUGUCCCCGGCUACUACUCUACCCAUCUGCAGCGCUGGCUGACCUACUAUCCCUCUGGACAGCUGCUGAUUGUGGAUGGGCAGGAACUUCGUAUCAACCCAGCAGCCUCAAUGGAGGUCAUCCAGAAGUUCCUGGGUAUCACCCCCUUUCUGAACUACACAAGAACCCUCAGGUUUGAUGAAGACAAAGGAUUUUGGUGCCAAGGACUUGAAGGUGGUAAGACUCGAUGUCUAGGGAAAAGCAAAGGCCGGAAGUACCCAGACAUGGACAUGGAGGUAAGUAAAACCCGGGACACGGUUGCCACUCUACCUCGAGGGUCUGAUCUUGCUGCACUCUUUACUGUUUGUUUCUCCUUUCACCUUUUUUCUCCCAUCAGUCUCGCCUUUUCCUUACGGAUUUUUUCCGGAACCAUAAUUUGGAGCUAUCAAAGCUGCUGAGUCGGCUUGGACAGCCAGCCCCCUUGUGGCUUCGGGAAGAAUUGCAGCAUUCCAGUGUGGGCUGAUGCCCCAGUCUUUCCAUACCAGCAAAAAGC